AUGUUGCAACUCUUCAGGCGUGGAAUUCUUGGAGGGGGUUUCCCACAGAAAGACUUGACAAAGCUCAUGUUUAUCAACUCACUGCUUGGACGUCCCGUACUUCAGAGUUUACACAUAAAAGUUGGAGACAGAGCUGAACUUACCAAAGCUUUUACCCAGGAUGAUGUUACUACAUUUUCUCAUUUAACAGGUGACACAAAUCCCUUGCAUUUAAAUGAAGAUUUUGCAAAGAAAUCUAGGUUUGGGAGAAUUGUUGUACAUGGAAUUUUGAUCAAUGGACUUAUUUCUGCAGUUCUGGGUACUAAAAUGCCGGGUGAAGGAUGUAUACUUCUUUCUCAGGCAAUCAGAUUUCCAGCUCCUUUGCAUCUUGGUGAGGAGGUUGUAGCUGCAGCGGAAGUGCAACACCUGAAGGGUUCUAUUGCUCACGUUUUGGUGUCGUGUAAAGUCAAAGACAGUGCAAAGACUGUUAUGGAAGGGAUGGUGAAAGUCAUGGUGCCAGACCGUCAGAGUUGCUGAUCCUGUGGUACUUUCCUAUAAAGGCCAGAAAUGUACACUUGA